AUUAUGACCAAAUCAGGAGAUGCCGAUGAUUAACAAAAACAAUCAAGAAAAUACUAAAAGAUCAAUAAAGAAGAAAGAAGAGUUGUAUUAAAGCUGCUUAUCAAUGACAAACUUUCUCUUUAAGAGGUAUCAAAUUUUGCUAAAAUUAUCAAUAUCUCUAACUAAUAUAUAUGAUAUUUUAAACAUUUAUUUAAUAUAGGUAGCUAAUAGACUUAAACUGAAAUACUGUACUGUUCGGACAAUUUAAAAGGCAUACGAGAAAGAUGGUCGUAUAGGGAAAAAGGAAACCAGAAAGAAGAAGCUUAAGGUUGAGAAUAUUCUGAAAAUAUCUAUCGUAAAUCCAUUCACAUAUUUACUAUCAGAGCCUAUUGUAUCAUCAGAAGUUAGCCAAAUUUAUAUAGAUAAGCAACCUACAAAGGAAGACUAAGUAAAUUUAGCUAAAGAAUAGCGCUCACUUCUUCAAUCGUAAUGUUAAAAACUCUAUAUCAUAUUAUCGUAAUAAUUAUAAAGACCAAUGGAAAACUCUAACCAGGUAUAUUAAAUUACUCUACAAAAUUUAUUGUGGGCAUCGCAAUUAGUAAUAAAGUAACUUCUAGAAGUUAAACAAUAAAUCAAUGUAAAACAAGAGCAUGAACCUGGUUCCCCUAAUCAAACAUAAUAUCCGUUUCCAAUCUAACAUAAUCUAUACUAAUCAUAAUAGAGUUUUGUGUUACCAAGAAUCAAUUCUUGAUUACCAAAUGUUAAUGCUAUUGAAUAUAUGAAAAUAAUAAUAAUUUAUUUUAUUAUUUAAUUAGUUGUAACAACUUUUUAAAUUUAUAAA